GAAAAGAUAGGUAACGUGCGGCAGGUGAUUGUCUAUAAGUUAUAUUUGGAACAACAAUAAACAGCGGUACAACAUGGAAAACAUUUUAAUUUUGAUUUUAGUCAUUUUUGGAUUUUUAUAUGGACAAGCGACGUCUUCCUGUCCUUUCUCUGACCCACAGUGCCAUCCUCUGUGUAUUGAAUACAAAGGUGAAUGUAAAUAUUGCAGAUGCAAAGUUGUAUCAGCUUCAAGUGAAAGCGGAAGUAGUUCAAGAGACAAAUUUGGCGGAAGCGGAAGUAGUUCAAGUGACGGAUAUGGCGGAAUUGGGAGUGGUUCAAGUGCUAAGUGGAAUUCAAAUUACGGAGAUAAUUCAAACGGGCAUCAUACAGAAAAUUCUGGUUCAAAUAGUGGUGGAAAUACAGAAAAUACAAAAGUUAUCAUAAUUCACGAAAAAGAUACACAACCUCAACAAUUGAGUGCGUUACCAGGCUUACCAAUGGGAGGUUACAUGGGUGGUAACAUGGGUGGUCACAUGCCAUUAAAUAUGCCACACGGACCAAUGACUGCUCAGAAUCCUUUUUCCCAUCAUACAUCAUCAUACGGACGUGGUCAUUCUAUGAAUGUACCUCUAAAAAGUCCAGGAAUUCCUAAAUACUGUAUAUCUGUUGAUAAGAUGGACUUUGAAAAUUGCCCCUGCACUGUCGUCGACGAAGGAGGAUGUCAAACAUGUCCUUGUUACUCAGCAAGCAGAUUUUGGAUUGCAGUCAGGCAAAAAGAAACUCAGGAAAAACCUAAACCGAAGCAAAAUGAAUGCCUUGGUACAACAUUGUGUAUGAUGUCUUGUAAGGGAGGUUAUCAUCUGGGAGAAACUGGUUCUGAUGGUUGCCAGUCGUGUACAUGUCUAAAACGAGAACAAACUAAACCUGAAAAACCACAAAAGAACGAGGAAAAAUCAUGCUUAAAGUUAUACGAAUGUAUCAUUAAAUGUUCCGAAAAAAAGUUAGGUUUUACUGUUGGGGAAGAAACAUCCGACGGCUGUAGGAGUUGCAAAUGUGAAGAGGAAAAAUCUAGUGGCAGCGGUGGCAAAACAAACGGUGGCGGAGGAUCAAUGAUGAAAAUGUUUGGCAAUACAAAUGGUGGCAACAAUGUUCUAAAGUCUCCAGAUAAAGCAGGUAACGAGUCGAAAGCGAAAUGUAACCCUCCCAUGGUAAUGUGCACCAAUGAUGGUAAUAAUUUAAUGCAAACAAUGGUUGGUGGCAGCGGUGGUUCUGAUGGCAGUGGUGGUUCCAGUGGUAGUGGUGCGUUUAAUCCUAUGGGAGGAGGUUCUGGUUCGGGUGAAGGAAUGAAGAGUCCUUUUGGUUCAUCAUCUGGGGGAUCAGGAUCGGGCGCCGGAAUGAAAAGUCCGUUUGGUUCAUCAUCUGGUGGAUCAGGAUCGGGCGCCGGAAUGAAAAGUCCAUUUGGCAAAGGAGGUGGAGGCGCGGGUGGUGCUCCCGGAAUGGGAGGGAUGGGUCCACAUGGGCCUUCAAACCCAGGUUUUCCAAGUCAGAAAAAAGUGGAACAGACGUCGUAUAACGAUAAUUGUUUUGGACCAUCAUGUUCAGCGAAAGACGGUGGUCUUGUCGAAGGCACACUUGAAAACGAUCUCAGCAUGGGUAUAUUCCGGAAGUGAGGUAGCAAAACAAAAUCAGGAGAAAGAACAAUUAUUAUUUUGAAUAAAAGUAUUAUAAUGAUAU